AAGUUGCAUUUGAAAUUGUAAAUUGACUAUAGUAGUAGCAAUCAUGAUGCCAAUAGCACAUCUCGUUAAAGUAACUCUUCCAAAUUAUUUAGCUGGAUUACCUAUUCCAGAUUCUAUAGGAGGAUGGUUUCGACUUGGAAUACGAGACUGGAUUGCCUUAAUUCCACCUACUGCAUUAGUAGCAGGUAUCGGUUACAUGUCAUACAAAGCAUUUUGUCCAUUGGCUAGACCACCAUGUGGACUUGUGAAUCUUAGUGUAAAAAAAGAUGUAAAUAAAGUAGUAGAUACAGUUGAUAUAGAAGAUAUUACUGAAAAAGCUGCAUUUUGUCGUUGCUGGAGAUCUAAAAAUUGGCCAUAUUGUGAUGGUGCUCAUGGACAUCAUAAUCAAGAAAUGAAUGAUAAUGUGGGUCCUCUUGUAAUUACAAGAAAGAAAGAUUAAUGUAUGUCAAUCCAUACACAAAUAUUAUUGUAUGUACUUUCAAUUUGAUUAAUAACAAGAAAAAAACUAUUUCUAAAACAAAAAUGUAGGUAUCUUAUAAAAAAAUGCAUUAAAUAUUAAUGUAGAUAAAUAUGCAAAAUGAAUAAAAGAAUAACGUUAAGUACAAGAUGCAAAAUACGCAUUUGUUACUUGUUAUUAAUUUAUAAAUAAAUAUUUAUUCUUAUAAA